AUGUCGUUACCGAAAAUAGGACGAAUUUCGACUCCCCAGCCACAUUUCAUGCCAGGCUACACUGGAUACUGUCCACAGUACAUGUAUCGAAUUGGAAACACGUACUCCGCGCUGACACAUCGUUUGCUGAUUGAUCCGACGGUGGCGCACUCGGAAAAGCUGAUCCUUUCUGAUCGAACGAACGACGAAUUCACGGUUGAACGAUCUCCUGUGGCUAUCCAGUUGGACGAGGACGAUCGGCGUCGGGAGGACGAUGACCAACGUGACACCAUCUACCGCCACACGCCGAUGCCCGGCUACGAAGGUUACAUUCCACGAACCAAGGAUAAGUUUGGCAAGCGGUACGCCGUAACCACGACCGAGGGUCUGUCGGAGUUCGAGCGUGACUGUCAGCGGACCAAAGCACAGCUCAAGCGACUGCGUCACCGGGUUGCGCAACCGAUCUCAACCAUUUCCCGUGGAAGCCUUGGCGAACGGAUGUUCUGCCUCAACGACUAUGAAAUACCUCUCCGAUUGGUGCGCCCCGAUGCGCUCAGCGUCGUGAAGGAGGUCCCGAUGGAAAAUCUUCCCACGCUGCCCGGUCUGCCCUAUUUUUCCCGUGAUACCCCUCCACACACGCUGCCGAAUGGGCAUCCGGAAAAGUGGAUGAAAUUAGGAUACACCGGACACAAACCAUUCCUAUGGCCACGGUUCGGAGAAUCGAACGUACCGCUGACAUCGAAAGCGCUCUGUGAUUUCACCAACAGCUACAACCACCGUCGGAGCACCGAGUGGGAUCCGAUCGCAACCGCUGGCGCCGGAACAACGCAACCAUCGGCAAGGGUUAACGAAAUUUACCACAAAACAAUUGGCCUCGUACCGAACUACCAGGGUCACGUACCGGGGGCUACGUUUAGGUUUGGCAAAACCUUCGGUAACGAUAGCAAGGAUGCGAAGAAAUAUCUGAAACGAUGCUAG